AUGACCAAUGGGGCUCUAGAACGUUCACAUAAGAUAUUGGCAGAAUAUUUAAGACACUACGUAAGUAAAAGUUUAGACAAUUGGGAUGAGCUUUUACCUUACGCCAUGUUUGUAUACAAUUCUACGGAACAUACGUCCACGAGGUACCAACCAUACGCGUUAUUAUAUGGCAAGAAUAUUAAUAUACCAGUUAAACUGAAAGCAAAACCAGAACCUAGGUACAAUUACGAUGAUAACGUAUACGAUCUUAAACAAAAGUUCCAGGAAGCUCAUCAAAUUGCACGGAAUAGAUUAAUAAAGAAUAAAGAAGUAAAUAAACGAUAUUAUGAUAAGAAAACUAAUACGGAAGAGUUAAAAAUCAAUGAUAUGAUUUUACUUAAAGAUCAUACUCAAAGAAAUAAAUUAAGUCCACUUUGGAAGGGACCAUACGAAGUACUAGACGUACUAGAUUCAGAAAAUGUAGUUAUGUCACGAAAUCGCAAUAAAGUGACAGUACACAAAAACGAUGUGAAACUAUAUUACGAAGACAAUAAUAUGGAUAACGAAGAAGUCGAAUAA